UUCCCUUUCCUCCUUCACCACUAAAUCCCUAAAUCUCUCCACAAAAUGGAACGGCCCCCCCUUUUCUCCUCACUUCUGCUUCUGCAACUUCCAGCACCGCCGUCGCUGCAGCGAGCACGGCGACGCACCGCCACCACCGUGCGCAGCCACUGCCGCCGCCGCCAUCUCCAGAUCUCCCUCUCGUUCAGGUCAGCCGCCGCCGCCCCGAGGCCGCUGUCACCUCGCUCAGCCCCAGCCACCGUCGCCUUCCCCUUCGUGCGCGUCGCUGCCGCCGUUGUGCAUGCACAAGCGGCGGCUCUAGCAUCUCCCCUACACCGUUACUACACCACCGGCAGCCUCCCCAACACUGCUACGGCUACUGACUCCCCUCUCCGACAACACCACAACCACCAUUUACUUUCUCCCGACAAUGGGUGAAAGUUACAAUUUUGAUGGUUGAUUUGGGGGUAUGACACUGUUUUCAUCGACGACGGAGUGCCGGAAAUCCGGCAGAUUCAACCUCUAAGAUAAGUCUCACUAACUGCCCUAUGUUAGUUCUCCUAUUUCAAUAGCUUGGGGAAAUAUUGGUUUUAGCAUGCUACUUGUAAGUUUUGGUGAAACUCGGAGCAUUUGUUGUGUUAUUGUGAGUUCUUGAUGUAAUAUGUGAUACGGUUGUGCCUAGCAUGUGUGUUCCUAUAUUUCAUAUCUAGUGUGAAUGGAUGUAUAUGCAUAAAGAAAAUGAAAGGAGGCUUGGGGUUACCUUUUUGAUAUGGAAACAAAGUGUCGUUGGAUUGUAAUUUGCAGUGCUUGACCCUACAAUUUUGUGCAAAUAUCCCUUCUUGGA